UUAUAAUUAAAACGACUGUGCUAAAUGUGAAAUGAAAUAAUUUCACUUUUGAGGCGUAUUAAAGAUUCCAGAAGUUAGUUUAAAGCUAUUGAUCAAAGUGCUAAAAAUUGUUGUCAACCAUACAAGUAUUUUGGCACAAUUUCCCCUUUUAAUGGUUUCCUGGAAGAACAAAAUUUAAUGUAUCGCGAUUUUUUAGUUUUUUCUUAUUUUGCGUCAUUAAUAAAUCACGUGAACGAACAUAAAUAUGAUACAGCCAGCUUUGCCAGAUUUUAAAUAGAUGUUAUUACUUGCAAUGAGACAUGGGAGAUGGCAGCAGUUUAGACUUUACAAGGGUAAGGUAGUUCCUACCAAGCUUGACGAAGUUCAUGAGGAAUAUUUUAAUGUAUACUUUUCGCAAUUGGACAUUAUAUAGAAGUUAAGGAAAGAGAAAUGUUCUCAACUUUAGUUACGUAACCAAAUCUGCUGGCUAUUCUGCAAUCAAUGGCAUAAAUUAUGGCAAGCUGCUGUUUUUUGCUAGGAAAGAGGGAUCAUUGAUACCCCUAUCUAUUAUCAACUUUUUUAGUGUCUAAGGUUAUAAUGUAAACAAGAAUGUGAUAAUGUGUGUUGCUACGUAUGGUUUUCGGGGGUUAUGGAAAUAGUUUUGGAUGGUUGUAUCAAGCUCUCUAUCGCUGUAAUUAUUUAGAUUGUUAACACAGCAUUUACACGUUCUUUAUAAGCGUGCAAAGUAUAUUUUGUGUGUUUAUGUUUUAGUGAAUAUUAAAACAAAAUUAAGAUAAAAUGAAAUCAAACUUGGUUUAUUUUGCAUUAUUUAUCUGCACGAUACCGAUGCUGUCAACAUCCUCCACCGAUGAGUUUAAAAACAACAAGAAGCCAUCAAACAAACAAAAAAUUUUACUUUACAGCAACAUCGGUCAUUAUUUGGCUAUCUACCCUGAUGGAAAAGUAAAUGGUACCCUUGACAUGAAGUCACCAAACAUCGUUCUCGAGAUGCAAGCUUUUGGCAGACACUAUAAGAGAAUCAGAAAACCAGGGUCAUAUUACUUGGCGAUCAACAACAAGGGGAAGAUUGGAACAAGGAAAACAGCAACUAAAAACACACUUUUCAGAGAACAUUUUGAUGGUAAUUAUUUUUGGUACGAGAAUGAUGCCAACCAAUAUAUCUUGGCAGUAGGUAGUAAACUCAGAACAAGAAACAAAAUCAAAGCGACAAAUCACACAAGACCGAAGAACCGUAUUAGAAAUACUCAAUUUCUAAUAGCACGCUUAGAUUAUUAAGGUUCAUAAGUUUCCCAGAAAAAAAUAU